AUGGUGUCUUCUUGGUCAAUUCGAUUGCUCGUCGCUAGUUUAGCGAUUACUGGCGGAGUCGCAGGGGGCUGGCGCGAUGGGAAGUUCAAGACGUUGGUGACGUUUGGCGAUAGUUACACGGAUGAGAACCGAUUGGGAUACUUCAUCAACAACAAUGGUUCUGCACCACCUGUGGCAUGGCAACAGCCUGUGGGUCUAGCAACAGCCUCGGGUGGCCUCUCCUGGGCGCGAUACGCCAGCAUCUAUUCCAAAACCAACCUCUACAACUACGCCGUCUCAGGCGCCGUAUGCUCCAACGAAAUAACACCCCGCUACUUCUCCGCCAUCGACGCCCCCUUCCCCGACAUCGCGGGUUACGAACUCCCCGCCUUCAUCGCCGACUCCACGGCCACCACAUCCAACGGCACGCAAUUCUUCACCGGCAAGCCCUCCUCCACCGUCUACGCAAUCUGGAUCGGCACCAACGACCUCGGCAACGGCGCCUUCCUAACCGACAGCCAAGUUCCAAACAAAACCGUAGCCGACUACAUGGACUGCGUAUACACGCAAAUCGACCGCCUGUACGAAAACGGCGGCCGGUAUUUUGUUGUUAUGAAUCUUGCGCCGCUGAACCUGCUCCCUCAGUACCAACGACCCGGCGAAGGCGGCCUCCAAUCAACGCAAUACUACCCCGACACCCCCGGAAAAAACCUCACAGAAGUCCACGGCCGCAUGCAAAACACCGUCGCAGCUCUCAACCAAGUCUACGCCUACCGCACGCCCUUUGCCGCGGAGAUCGAGGAGCGCUGGGAAGAUGCCAAGGUCGCUUCCUUUGACGUCAACGCGCUCAUGACGGAUAUCUACUAUAACCCGUCUAGCUAUUUGAAUGGAACGGGCGCGCCGUUGAAUGUCCAAGGAGUGGAGAGUCUGUGUGAUGAGCAGGGAAGUAAUUGUACGAGCACGGAUAGUCCGGAUAGUUUCAUGUGGUUUGAUCCGUUGCAUCCGAGUGAGCAGACGAGUAGGGUUGUGGCGAGGGAGUUUGUGGGGGUGUUGGGCGGGAAGAGUCGGUGGGCUAGUUAUUGGGGGUGUUAG